AAGCAACACUCAUCAUCACAAAGCAUCCGGAGGCAGGAAGGGGCUUGUUGUGCGGAGUAGGUUUAUGAACAUAAGCCUCUCUAGGGGAUGGCUGGGUAGCAAGGCACCCAGUCACUUCUGAAAUCAAGACACGCUUCUUGGCUGGAUCCUGCCAGUUCAUUUGGAAUACAGCCUCAGCGUUGCGGCAACAAAGAGGAGAUACAAGGAAAAGGAAGUUUCUAAGGUUGGCGGACAGAAGCUUAUUUCCAUCCACUGGGACCAUCGGUCGCUGCCUGUCUCUGCAUGAGUUUCUGUUCCGGGAAAGCUCUGCGCUUCCCCCGCCGCCUGUUCUGCCUCUGCUGGAUCCAAGUGGUACGGAAGUGGAAAGGAGAGACCGAGACUGGGCUUGCUCCGAGCCGAGCGCUCCCCCUCUCUCUUGUGUAAUUUACGCUACGCUGGUAAGGCCGACGGCUUUGCCGGAGCCGGGAGUGGAGAUGGGAGGGACGAAGAAGCAGCCAGCGAAGGGAGUUUCUUUUGGGGGGGUUGUCAAGAGGAAGCUUCAGUAGCAGCAGCGACAAGAAACAACUUCUCUUGCCCCGGAAAGACCAGCACUUAGAUCUGGCUUGUGUUGUACAAAACGGAGGGGAGAGAGAGAGGCAGACAGAGAGACGCACAAAGGCGGAUUGGAUAUUACGACUUGCAACCAGACGCACACACUUGUUUUGUCCCUUGUGCGCGCGCCUGAAUAGGCUUGCUUCCUUCUCCACCACAGCUUCGCCCUGGAUCCGAAUCGGGGAGAGGAUUUUACAGCUGCUGCCAGUUCUUACUGGGGAAAGGCGGCAGCGGCGGCGGGGAGUGUUUAGAAAUACGCUGCGUGGAUGCCCUUCGCUUUCCCUUCCCCCUCCAGCACGGCGUGCUGCUGCUUUCGCAGGGAGGCGGUGUGGCUACCAGCUGCUGCUUUUCCUGAGGAUACUACCUUUGUUUUCUUCUCUAGUGCACUGAAUUUCUACCCCCAGUAACUCCUCCGUUGGUCCGGCUGGGGGGCAAGUAAGGGGCAGCUGCUCCUGGUAGUAAGCGGCUGCCUUCUCUUUCUCUCCCUCCUCCUCCUCUCCCCCCUCCCAGUCCCUUCCCUCUACCCACCCCCGGUGUACUUUGCUCUGCUGCUGCUGCUGCUGCUGCUGCCGCUCCUCCUCUUGAGGAAGUUUCCUCCCCCUCUCCUCCUCCUCUUCUUCUUCCACCACCACUACCGCACUUCCCCAUUUUUUUACAGCCUGCCCACCCGCCAACUCCUGAGGUGGGGGAGAGAAGGGCUGUUAUUACCAUCGCCCCCUGCUCCACAGUGGGGCUGGCUAAGCUGGGCAGAGCCAACCCCCGGCCCCUGAGCGAGGCCGAAUGCCGGUGGCCGCCAACUCGCACCCCCGCGCGGUGCAGCAGCCCGACGCCCGCCCCUUCCCUGCCUCCGCCCGCCUCCGGGACCGGGACCCCAACAAGCACCACCACCACCACCAAGGGGCCAGCGGCGCCGAAGAGCGCCCGGAGCCCCAGCGCCACGGCCAGGCCGGCGGUGAGUCGGCGGGUAGGGCAGGCGGUGGUAGAGCGGCAGCUCCUUCCGGCGCCCCUUCGUCGCCCCCUCUGCUCGUUUUCUCGCCGUCUUCCCCGCCGCUGCCUCCUGGCGGGGGUCCUUCCCCGCCACUGGAGCCCCCCAGGACUCGCUCCCGUUCCCGCUCCGGAUUCUUCAGCCUCCUCGCCAUGAACGGCGGCGCCACCGCCACAGCUGCUGCAGCCGCGCACUUCCAGCCGCCGCCGCCCGCCCCGCCGCAUCUCCACGGGCCGAGUCUGCCCGAGCUGGGUGCCCGCAGCCAAGGCAGAGGGAGCCCCGCCGGUCACGGGCACCCGCGAGCCCCGCCAGGAGCCAGGGCGCCCGCGCCAGGUGGUGUUGGUGCUUCCUUCCAGUGCCAGCUGAUUCAUCAGGACCACAUUUGCACUGAUGACAGUGAUAAGAGUGAAGACAGCCCAAGUCCCAAGAGACAGCGCCUUUCUCAUUCAGUCUUUGACUACGCAGCAGCAUCACCAGCCCCAUCACCGCCAAUGCGACCAUGGGAGAUGACAUCAAAUAGGCAGCCUCCUUCAGCUCGAGCAAGCCAACAUCACUUCUCAGGGGAAAGAUGCAACACACCUGCACGCAACAGGAGGAGCCCUCCUGUCAGACGGCAGAGAGCAAGACGAGAUAGAUUGUCUAGACAUAAUUCCAUUAGUCAAGAUGAAAACUACCAUCUUCCCUAUGGACAGCAACAAGCAAUAGAAGAACCCCGAGCCUUCCACCCUCCGAAUGUAUCUCCCCGUAUGUUGCACCCAGCUGCUCAUCCGCCACAGCAGAAUGCAGUGAUGGUUGACAUUCAUGAACAGAUCCACCAGGGCACAGUCCCAGUUUCAUACACUGUUACUACCGUGGCCCCACAUGGGAUUCCACUUUGCACAGGCCAGCACAUACCAGCUUGCAAUACACAGCAAGUCCCAGGGUGUUCUGUAGUUUUUAGUGGACAGCAUCUUCCUGUCUGCAGUGUGCCUCCCCCGAUGCUUCAGGCAUGUUCUGUUCAGCACUUGCCAGUUCCAUAUGCAGCAUUCCCACCCCUUAUUUCUAGUGAUCCAUUUCUUUUGCAUCCUCCGCAUCUCUCUCCACAUCAUGCUCCACACCUGCCACCUCCAGGUCAAUUUGUUCCCUUCCAAACACAACAGUCGCGGUCGCCUCUUCAAAGGAUAGAAAAUGAAGUAGAGCUGCUUGGAGACCACCUUCCUGUGGGGGGUUUUACCUAUCCACCUUCUGCCCAUCCGCCAACAUUGCCUCCCUCUGCCCCUCUCCAGUUCUUAGCACACGACCCUUUACACCAGGAGGUGUCAUUUGGAGUACCUUAUCCACCCUUUAUGCCUCGAAGACUCACAGGACGCAGCCGAUAUCGAUCCCAACAGCCAAUACCACCUCCCCCAUACCAUCCCAGCCUACUGCCAUAUGUGCUAUCAAUGCUUCCAGUGCCACCUGCAGUUGGACCCGCCUUCAGUUUUGAGUUGGAUGUAGAAGAUGGUGAGGUGGAAAACUAUGAGGCAUUACUAAACUUGGCAGAAAGGCUGGGAGAGGCCAAACCAAGAGGACUGACAAAAGCAGAUAUUGAACAACUUCCAUCUUACAGGUUCAACCCAAACAAUCACCAGUCAGAACAGACUCUGUGUGUAGUGUGUAUGUGUGAUUUCGAGUCGAGGCAACUACUUCGAGUCUUACCAUGUAACCAUGAGUUCCAUGCCAAGUGUGUUGACAAAUGGCUUAAGCUCAGAAAUAUUACCACUAGAUGCCACCAUUUCCCUGUAAAUUAAUGGAUUUUGCAUGGCACUGAAAGAGCUUCAAUGGAUAGAGAACUGCAAAUCGUACCUGCCCCAUCUGCAGAGCUGAUGCUUCAGAAGUGCAUCGUGAUUCAGAAUGACCAGUCUAAGAGCACAAUUCUACUUUGGGUGUUCCUAGUCACAUGUGUAUAUAUAUAUGAACUCUCCAUUGAACUUAACCCGUGUGGCUUCCAGCCUUCCCUUUACACAAAAAGGGUCAAUGGACCUUCCUUUGCACUGUGUGAUUUAAUCAACUAUAAAGCUUAUAAUUAGUCUUCACAAUUAUGGGAUUGUUAUACUAACUGUGUGAUUGGAACUCCAAAGAUUUUUUUUUUCUUUUAGCUUAAUUUCGUGUGUGCACUAACAUUCCCUGGUUUUUGUGUGAUCAUUCCGACUGUUGCUGCAGGAUUACAGUGGAACGUGAUCUUCUAGCAUGUGCUUUUAUAUAUAUAUAAAUAUAUAUAUUAAAAAAAUGGUAGCUCCAAACAAUAUAGCAAUCUACCUUUAUAUAGAGCCUUCAGAUACUGUGAGUGGGAAUAAACAGUGCGGGUGGGUGCGUUGAUCGCAGGGUGUCUGUGUGUAUGCGGGUGCGCAAGUGCUUGGAUGGAAGUGUGUGAGAGGACUUAUAUACCAGCAUGUACUGAGGAUGUAUGUGUGUAGUAUUAAUUAUGCUGCAAUGUAUAAUCUUGUGUGUUAUUUAAACAGUACUAGUACUGUACACUGGUUUCUUUCUUUGCGUUUGCAGUUGCACACUGAAUGCUAAGGGUGCAGCAAUUAUAGGCAUUUAAUAUUUCAUCCCCACCAUGUAUUUAAUAGUAGUAUAAAAAGGCCUUUUUACUUUUAUUCAUGCGGCAAUUAUUCUUCCCAUUAUUUGGAGAUCAUGCCUUUCGUUAUAGAGCAUGAUUCUUCCGUUCUAACGAUAAAUACUUAAUUAGCCUCAUUUUAGGCUACCAGAAUUUCCAAGUUUUAAAGCUUGUAGCUCAUAACUAACUUUAUAAGGGGCUGCAGCAUUGCACAGUCAGAUAGCAAUAUUAAAAUUCUCAACUGAUUAGUGAAAGUUGAUGCUGUCCUCUCUUCCUUUAAAUUCUUCCAGCCAACAUUGGGUUUUUUUAUCAGUUGAACUUUGAAACUGGAUUUUUAUUUGAGAUACAGAAGAUGUCAUUUUGUUUCCAUUUUUUGUAGAAAUGGAAACUGAGAGUAUCUUUUGAGAGUCUUGGGCAAAUACGUCUUGCAUUGUUAGCCAUAUACCUGCUAAAUAUGUCGUUUAGCUUACAAACACUGGCAUUAAUUCACAUUCCUUGUCCUGUACAAGCAAACUUAUGUACCAUUUUUAAAAAAAACAUAAAGUGGGGUUUGUUUGUAAAGCCUUCAACCUCAUGAACAAAAUGAAAGCACUUUCUUAGGAGUAGGAUGUGUGGUUUCCCUCACCCCAGCCAUGGUACCCUGUUUAAUACUUUCUUUGUUUUACUGCCCGGCAAAAACAUCCUAGGAUACAGUUUCUAGCUAGCCCUACGUCUUAGUAGGUUUUUGUAUGAUGUUGAGGCAUCCUCAUUGUCAUAUGGUAGUAUGAAGAAUAUUCAUCUUCAGGAAUGGGCUGGUAUAUGAAAUCAAGGAAAACACAAUAAAUGCUGUGAAUCUGGAGUUGACCUCCUUUCAACUGCCUUCUGAAUAACAUCAUAUUGCUGGGAGGGGGGAAGGUUGGCAUCACUUAACAUUUCAGACUGUUAGCAAUUUUACAUCCCCCCCCCCCCCACGGCUACAAUAUUUCUCCAAUUGAUGCACAUUUUAUUUUUGGAUCUUUUUACUUUUCUACACUUUAAGCACCAGAAGUUUGGAUUGCAACAGCACAAGCGCUGCAGCUAGCAAUAUUGCUGCAACCUGCUGCCAGUCAGCUUUAAGUUCCUUCUGUGUCCUUUCUGAUGCUUCUGUAUGCUGCUAUGUGUUAAGUCUGUCUCUUCCUCCUGAACAGUGUUCUCUGUGCUGGAUUGCCUCCUUGCUGAAGGCUCUGCUGACCAAUCGCAGCUUGUGGUUCUGCAAAAUUAAAAAGCACAAUUUCCUCUUCUCAUUUCAGAUCUUGUUGCCCUUUGUUCAGUAGUUUUAGUCUGUCCUUAGUGUUUAAUACUUAAGGCUAAUGAAGCAGAUGGAGCAGUGUAACAUACUGUGUGUGACAGAUUUACAACCGUUACCAUUUCCCCUUCAGUGUGCUCUGAUGAAUUGUUGCGUUUAAAACAGGUUAAAUUGCACAUAGUAAACUUUAUUUUUUUAAGCAAAACAAAAUCAUGGGCUGGGAGGUGGGGAUAAGUGUAUGCCACACGCGUUUUACAAUACUUCGGGUCUUUUUUAUAUUGCUGGACAAAAAAACUUUUUUUUACUUGUACAAAUCUAACCAUAACACUACUCAUGCAGUGUCCCAAGUUGUCAAAGCAUAGAAAAACAGCACUUUCUCUAACAGAUAAAAAUGCAUAAUUGACAAGGCACAUAAUACCUACUUAUGAGAGGAAGGUGUCCUUAGCUCAAAACCUGGAUCCAUCUUGCAGUGUAGCGUCUUGGUGGGAGGGGUUGGGUGGCAGUAGGGACUAAUUUGGUAAUAUACUGAACUUAAUUGUUGCACUCCUGUGGCUGAUCUUUGAAUGACUUUUGUUUGCAUGGGACUCUUGCAGAAGUGUGCAGAUUUGCUUCCUGUGGUUAAGUGUGUAUAAGCGCACACAUGCAUGUGGUCUGAACCAGCUCAGGCUGGCUGCAAUGGAAUCCUUAAGCUGUUGCUGCUGGCAGAAGAGGGGAAGGGGAUUCAUGCUCAGCUGUUAACUGCCAUGUGUUAUGCACAUUUGUGUGUCUAAUGCCACAGCCCUCAAUGGUGCCUGAGCACUCGGUUAUGUUGAGUAGCCUUUUCCCCUUGUCCCUGCCUCACCCGCUAAAGGAAGAAGAAAAAAGUUGGCUUUAUCAUGUUGGCACUGCUGGGUUUUCUUUUGCAUGAAUUGUCAACUUAAUUGACCUUUUCCUAGCUUUUUUUGGUUCUAAAAAUGGGUAUAUAGGCCAUCUCUGAGGUCUCACUUUGUAGCUUUCUUUACAGAUUAUUUUGUGCAAAGUAAUUUCUUUUGUAUAGAGUUUUUUUGUACAGUCUCCAGAAUGUGAUAUUUGUUGCAGCUGUUAACAUUUACACCUCUUGUAAUAUUUGGGAUCUACCAACUCUUUAUUUUGCUUUCCAAAAACAGGUUACAAACUCAGUUACUGUUAGGCCUUUCUAAGAGAACUGUGGUUCUCUCUUUCCCUGUGCCCUCCUUUGGUACCUUCAGUUACCUCAUUUUGCUAUUUUUAUGUUGCAAACGUCUAAUUGUGAAAGCUUAUGGAUUUUGUUAGAAUCAUAUUGGUCAAGUGUUUUCUUUAAAACCAUACUCCAUUGUAUCAUUUAACAUGUAGUUUUAAAUGUAUUAUAAAUAUCUGUAACCAAAUCAUUUGAAGGCUUGAUAAAUUUUUAACAAAAUUUGUACAUUUUUAUGAGAGUUACUAGUAAUGCUUUACUAAGUAGUGCAAUGAAUUUUUAUUUUUAAUCCCUGUGCCCAAUUUUGGAGUUGAGAGGGUUGUUCAGUAAUAAAUGUAUGAUGUACACUUAUACAA